CGGAAGUGGCUGAGCAUCUGCUUGCCAACGGGAAGUUGUGAAUGGAUUCCUUCUUUUGCUUUGCUUGCACGUGCAUCUUUGGCUUUUCCUAGAAUGCUAUAUUUGUCUUGAUCCAUGAGCUUUCUCAUCUUUGCCCUUCUGAUUCCCAUCGCCAUCCUGCUGGGACAGGGUGGGCAAGUGGGUGUGCAGUGCUGAGCUGCUCACCCGCCCAGCCCAGGAGCGUGUCACAAUGAAACCCUUUGUGACCUCCCUUGAUGACACCCCCAGGGGUCUGCCCUAAAAAAAUGCAGCUGUGACUCGGACCCUCAGUGUCCGUGCAGGACAGUGACGGGACAGGGCAGGAGCACAGGGCCUUUAAGGAGUCUAAGUGCACAGCCCACGUCCCACAAUGCGGUUCCGAUGCUGCUACCACCGGAGAAGACGACGUAUUAUCCUGGGGAGGUAUCCUUGCCGUCAUCGCUCCAUUCCUCCAUCCCGCAAGGUGGCAAAGAUAACCCGCCCCUGCUCCAGGAUGGUCUGGCAGGAGACCUGGUCUCCUGAGGAGAGCAGCUUUCCGCUGGAUUCCUUGGAUUUCCAGCCACCGAAUCCCAAUGCCUGGUCGUGGGAUCUUGGCAAAGAGGAAGCCAAGAAAGUCAUCGAGAUAUUUGUCAGAAGCACAAAGAAGGAUGAGGAAAAGAAAAUGAAGUUCCUGGAGAGCAUCUGCACCCUGUGCAGACACUGUUCCUUGCUGGAGGACAUGGAUGCCUUCUGCCGCAAAACCGAGCUGGCAGAGAACAUCAAGGUUUUGCUGGAAGAGGAGCCCACGGACAGUUUGCACACAGCAUUUCGUAGGAAUGCCAUGCUAACUAUUGCCACCCUCAGCUCCACCACGGAGGCAGCACUGGAUGGCAAAAAGGAGAGUCUCCUGCAUGCCUGCUUCAAGAGUGUCUUCUUUCUGCCUCCCUAUUUGGACAUGUCAGCGGCAGAAAAAGAUCUCUACAACAAGACCAUGAACGCCAUGGAAAUCAUGCUGCAGGCCUUUGUACGCAACUGUCCAAUCUCCAGUGUCGGCGAGGAGUUGCAGAUUAUUUGGCAGGCGCUGCUGCACUAUGCCACCUCCCAUAACACAGCUGUGCGCAAGAUUGCCCUGCAGAAGAUUGAGAGGCUGAGUGAUUUCCUGGUCACAUAUUUGGGGAAGACCUCGUUCACUGCUGGACAAUGCAACGGCAGCCCUGGCACCCACAAAGAGGUCCACAUCCCCAUCCUGGGACAGCUGCUGGGACACCUCUUCAUUUCCAGCUGUGGCACAGAUUCCAACAGUUGCACAGCUUUGGAUGCUCUUUAUCACUUCUACGCAUUCCUCACAGACGGAAGAGAAUGCUCACUGACAAAUGACAUGGAAAAUUAUGCAGAGAGACGCAAGAAGUUGAAGGAUACAGCAUUUCCAUUCACUGUAAUGUCCGCUCCCUGUGAUAUUGCCAAGGCAUUUGGAGAAUACCUCUUCCCUUCUGAGAGGCUGGACGUCAUCCUCACAGCCCUUGAAGCUUUACAAGACUCCAGGUUCCAUGACAAGAAGGGGGCCUGCAGCGUGCUGGACGCAGCCUUGGAGGACCCUGACUACUGGCUGACAGAUGUGCCAAUAAUCAUGGAAUGCAUCAGGAAAAACCUGGACAGCAUCCACACGGCAUCAGCGCGGCGCUGCCUGGACUCCCUGCUUCUCCAACUGACCAACCAGAUGUCCAGGGAAGAAGUCCAGAAGCUGCUGAAGUUCCCUCCGCCAAGUAACAGCACUGCCCUGGGCAUGUGGGAGGUGAUUCUGGCCAUGCCGCAGACCUUGGAGAAGGUUUUAAACAUGCUGAUGGAAGACUUGCCACUGUGCGACUGGUGCACGGCAGUGACAGAAGACACCUGCAUCCGUCGCUUGGCUAUGCUGGCCCAGAAUCACAUUUCUGAAGAGGAGUUUGGUAACCCAGUGCACCUCCUGAGUUACCUGAAGCACCCAAGCCCAGCGAUGCGCUUGAUGGUUCUCAAAGGGCUCUCCACCGUGUCAGAGAGCCCUGAGAAGGCAAGAAGAAUUCAGGUCGUGCUGCCAGACAUCCUGGAGGCCCUGCAGGACACCAACACAGACGUCGUGCUGAAGGCCCUGCUUGUGCUCAGCAAUGUGAUGGCUCAUGUGGAGAGGAGAGAGGCCAGUCGCACGGCUCUGCAGCUGGCUGAGAAGCUCCUGCCACUCUUUGACCAUGAGUCCAGCCAGGUGCGCGAGCACUCCAUCUGCCUCUUCCAAGCCGUGACGGAGGCUGUGCUGCGGCACAGGCAGAAGGAAAUGAAGAGGAAAGUGCACAGCAGCCUUCUCCCACUCUACUUUCGGAUGAGAGACCAGAGUGAGAGCGUAGCAAAGGCCUCUGGGGAAGCUCUCGUCGUCGCUGCAAAGUUUCUGCGACGCAAAGAGCUCAAGCACUUGGCCCAGAAAGAACAGACCGGGAGGAUCGGGGAGUGCUUGCUGCAGCAGGGCAGAGACAGAGUAGAAGAAUACCUGCAGCAGAGCCAGCCCUACCUGCAGGACUCUCAGACCGUCUUGCGACUUGAGGCCGUCAGGUUCAUUGGGCUUGCUGCGCGCUACUCCAAGGACCAGAGAGAGGAGAAGCUGAAUGAAAUCAUCAGCGUCCUCCGGUCUUCAGGGAACGACCCGGAACCCAUGGUCAGAUGCCUGGCAGUUCAGACCAUCAUGAUCCUGGCGUCAAGGCCUAAGAGAAACUCAGGAUGGAGAUUUCGACUGUUGUGGUGCUGCUAG